AUGCGACUCCGUGAGAGUAUCCGCCCUCCUGAGCGCUAUGAAUCAGAGCACUUUUACACGUCGCUAGGUCAAAAGUCACUUCGCCAGCACAGAAAUCCAAACCGCCCUCCCUACAUCGAUUUCAACCCCAACCUGCCUCCUGCUGUCUUCCCCACUCUGGACUUCCCUCGCCCAGCGGUACCAGAGGCUGGCAAAUGUGCACAGAGCAAGGGAGAAGAGACCAACAGUGGAGGCACUUUACAGCACGGUCGCGAGCAACCUGAGCAUUAUGGGGAGGACAAGGAUAGCAGAGAGGCAGGCGUCGAUCUCGAGGACAUCCCUAUCAACCAGGUCGAGAACUACGUUGCGAGCAACGGUGACUUGAACCCAGUUUACGUCGAAAACAUGGCUACGAUGGCUGCUGCGGACUCGUCUGCGAGUGAUGACUUGCACAAUGAGACUGAUGACAUCGAGGCUCAUGAUGAGGAUGAGUCCGCGCAUGAGAUCCCUAACCCAAAGUGGAGCGAUUUAUGUCCUGGAAUGCAGGUGGAAAUUUUCGACAAUCUUCUUCAGUGCUAUACUUGGAAAGACGCGUGUUAUAGGUUAAAUCUGACUGGAGAAGAUCAAGAGAAAGUCGGAAAGCAUAUUUUUGCUCGUAAUAAGCAGAUGGAACAGGAAGAAUCUCAGAUGAAAAACAUGCGAACGAAACAACUAAGAUCGCUCUUGAAGAUUGACAACAGUGCAAGACGUCUCCAGGAUUCGCACCAGUUUCUUUUCCGCAAAACCUCUCGAGACACCACUAGUCAUCUGCGAAGGAGUAAUAGGCCAGACUAUCUUAUGUGCCAUUUUAAAGAGGUUAUGAACGCUAAACGGUAUUUGCGCCAACAGGGCCUAAGCCCUAGAUAUGCUGGGGAUUGGGGUAACAGAAUCAGCCCUACUCAUCCCUCUGGAAUCGACCAAGAUCAUGAUAUGAGCAAUCUAGGGAAGCAGUUGAGCUGCGGUCAAUACAUGGAACUAGCCACAGAUACGACUGAUGAUGAUGACAUGAUGGAUUUUGCGUUCGAUCAUAAAGCUCCGACUGCGAUCCCGGAUAAGCAGUCAUUCAUUAACACAAUCGGGACAGCAGCUGUUGCUAGCCCGAGGGAUAUGACGCUAUGCAGAGGCAACUUAAACACAGCCCCAAGAUGGUUGAAUCUUCUUUACCAGCAUUCUAUACGGAACUACCAGCCAGCUUUUCGGGAGAAUAAGCUUGUUUGUCUCAAAAUCGGUACCGAGCACGCCGCCCAGAUUCAUAAUACCCAGCCGAUAGCUUGCAUUCAGCCAGCGAAAUUGGUAAAACGUUUCCCUCCCAUUGAUGCUAUUUACUAUGACCCCCCUUCAUGGACCCCUGUAAUUAUUCAGAAUCAUGGAGCAAGAACUAAUCCAACAAUGCCUCCAAUACCUAGACCAUCUUUGGGCGGCGAGCCACAGCCUCUACCGAGAACAAUGGGUGGAAAUUGGUCAUAUAGCUCUUUCGAAUCGCAUCCAACAACAUCUUCUAUGAGGUUCCAGCAAAAAUUGGAAGAGGCACGUCUUGAGACACAAAGGGCGAGAAGACGCGAAACGCAGCAACUUGCAGGUGGUAGAGGCUAUGAACCAUAUUUUACUCCGAGGCAAAGCCUGAAGGCAUAA